CAGAUACACGGAUGUAUAAACGAGAGUACAUGCCGAGAUACGUAGUUGCAUGUUUCAUUUCCGUGGUGUGGAUGUCUGUGUGUAGAUGCGUCUGUCUCUCCAUGUGAGCAUCUGCAUGCAUUUCGGUGUACAUACACCUGGUGUGCGUUGCAAUGACGCUUUCUUGAUUGAGCGCGUGGCCUUCAGGGUGCCUGGUGUCGGUGCUUCUCUUGCCAUUUCUCGUUUUGUUUGGCGUCAGGUCCUUUUUCCUUACUAAGUCACCCGUCAUUCGAGGUAACGACCUUCCUAGCGUGUCCGCGGCAGUCCCGUCAAUCCGUAUCCCUCCGAUGACAGGUCACAUGUGUCGCGUGCAUGCAUUCAAGUGUAACAGUUCUUGUGCACCAACGGGAGGGAAGGCGGCCGGUAAUUUUCGACUUCGGCGCCCUCGUCCCGUGAGUAUAUCGUCGUUUCGGCGCGACCUCUGCUGAGGUUCGCAGACUCUUUCGCGUCUGUCUCUCUCGUCUCUUCAUCCUCUUUGGCAGCCGUUCGUUUCGUCUUCAUUCUCAAUCGAAGCAACAUGUCGGGCUUGUCUAUCAACGGUGACGCCCAGGCUCGCCUGCGUCUCGGUCAAGAUGACGCAGCUUACGCACGCCUAGAUAUCACACACAAUUUGCACCCUGGACGCAGAUGGAUGGAGAUUGUCUUUUCGUUGGAUGCGCCUUUGACUUCGGUCAAAGACAAGCUGUACAGACACACCGGCAGCAACCCGAGCAACAUCAAGGUUUUCCUCAAAUUCACUCCAGAGGACCCUGGAAGGCUUCUCCUCGACCCCACCCAAACGCUCAGAGCAGUCGGCUGUGUCGAAGGUUGCAUUCUCCACGUGGUUGACGAGAGUGGGGAGGCUGGGGUGAUCCCUUCUGGAGAGAGAACAGAGAACAUGGAGGGGAAGUACGUCAUGGACGAUGAAACAUACGACAAACGUGACGGCACCGCCAGGAAAUUCCUCGCGCGUUUGCAGAAGCAGCAGCCGGACUUGUUUUCUAAGAAGGAAGAGAAGAUCGAAGAAGAUGAAGAGUCGUGGAAGAAACGACUGGACAGUGCCCGAACUACAUUCGCCAUCGGCACCCGCUGCAGACUCUCUGGCGACCGACGCGGGGCUGUUGCCUAUGUGGGUCCGCGUCCGUCAAAGUCCCUGCGACAAAUUUGGAUUGGCGUGGCUCUGGAUGAACCCUUGGGGUGUACAGACGGUCGAGACGAUCCAACGAAAAAAACUCCCGCCUCGCAGAAGGUUCUUUUCGAGUGUAACGGAGAUAACUACGGAGAGUUUGUAGAGCCGGACCAAGUAGAAGUUGGCGCCUUCCCGCCUAUUGAUCCAUUUGAUUUGCUGGACGAAAUCUAAAGCUUUCGGAUGGAAAGAAGCGAAGACCCACCUUCAAUGAGGGCUGUCUGCUGUCGAGACGGAGCUGCUGGAACACGUUAUUUUAGAACACAUCCACCCGGUUUCGCAUGCGUAACAAGUUGUUUUUGAAAGCAGGGUGCAGACAGCUCAUUCGAAGGCGAACAAGCACGCUGGGGAAACGGGAGCAAGGACCCUGCCAUUCCAUCACAGCGUACAAGCAUGAAAAGGGAGAUAGAAUCGAUCUGGUGAUCAAAGAGAAACAUGGAAGAGUUGAAAGGGUGGCGUGAUGAUUUAUUUGUAAGCUUUUCUUGGAGAGUAUCCGCGAUUCAGAGCUGCAGAAGUUGAAGCCAGACAUCUUCCUGUGAGACCCGAGCGCGGGCAAGUGCACUCACGCUUUUAACGCAGCUGUCGCUUUGUGUCGCAGAUUCCACGUGUGUUUCUAGCUGUUUACCCGGUUUCGGACUGAAGGUUCCCGGAUGACUUGCAAGCAAAUAGGCCCCUGUUGCACAGGAGCAACAAAUGCUAACGGCAGUAGCGUAGAUUGCUCUUUGACACGGAAGGAGAGGGACGCUUUUCUAGUCACAGCAGUAGUA